CUCCUCUCCUCUCCUCUACCCGUAUACGUCUCUCCCACUUUCCUUCCUUUUCAUUCCCAUCACCCCUAGCGCAUUCCUCUCCUGUUUCUGCGUGAUGAGCGACAAGAGAAGAAAGAGGCUCUACUGUUGCCUUACUCGCAGAAAUGCAAAACAACAUCCUGCUACGAACUAUACACGAUCAAUCUUGCGUGGGCCAAAAACUGACCCAAAAUAACACUUAUUCGAGCUAAACUUAAAAAAUAUAAUACUAAGUAUACCAGUAAAGAAUGAAAGCAUUCUCCCAAAAAUCAAUAAAAAAUCUCCUAUUUGCGUUUCUUCGUAGCUGCAAAGAUCCAAAAAAGAGACCGACACCUCAAAGACACUAAAACCACCGAAGUCAUUAAAAGGAAUUAAGGGUGUUAAACCUCCUAUUGUCGGCUUACUAUACCUGAAUAAAGCGAACUUCAAAAAGUACAGCUAAAGUCUACGAAGACCCGAUGUAUCCCAGCCAGAAAAACUCUCUUUUUCUCGCUCUCGUGGUCGCUAGAACAGUCGCUGCUGUACUUGGAUACGAAGAAAUACUCAUGAACUAUGCUUACACUGACCCAGCUUGGCAAUGGGUAACGAAGUAUAGGUUAGCUGAAGGGAACGGAUGGGCUCGCGAUUCCCAAACAGGAAAGUACAUCACGUGUGACAUCCCGUCCACAAAGACCAACAGUACAAAUAGUUGGAUGAUUUCCGACUACGUCCCUCUAAACAACGCUAACGCCGUACAUUUAUCUAUCACAUUCACCGCCCGCCAUUGCGAUCUCGCCUCGUAUCCCUUCUGCAAGAAUUCUAUUGGUCUAUACAUCCUAGAGUCUGAUAUUAUCGAAGUAGGCGGGAUUACCAUGGAAGCGAUUUUGGCGGGAAAUUUCUCAAAUGUUGCUGACGCGAUUGCAUCAAACGUUUGGACUGAUAGGAAUAACAUUCCUGAAAAUGUGCACAACGUAAGCUUUCCCACGACGAAAAAAGGCAUCUAUUUGGCCUUUCGGGACACUGGCGCAUGCGUGGCUUUGGUUAAGGUCCGUAUGACGUCAUAUCAAUGUCCGAGCGUAGUGUCUGGGGGAGCUGUGUUCAAUAAGACAGCGUCACCGAUGCCUGGUCUGAAAACCAAGGUGAAGGGUGAAUGUCUUGGUAUGUCAGAGAACCUCGCCAAUGGGAGCUCUUUAUACCUCGGUUGCUAUAGCAACGGCACGUGGAGUUCCAAUCUGCGGGUCACGUGUCAGUGCAAGGCGGGAUACCAGCCUGGAGAUCGUGUCUGUCAAGCGUGCCCUGAUGGAUCUUACAAGCCAACAACUGGAAACACCAUGUGUGUGCCUUGUCCUGUGAACAGCUACUCUAACACGACGAGAACUGGUUGUCUGUGUAGCAUGGGGUAUUAUAGGACAAACUCAGACCCUCCAAAUGGCAAAUGUACAGCUCCGCCGUCGUCACCACGUGACCUCAGCUCAACCCUUAUUGGUCCAAGAUUUGUACUCCUUUCAUGGCAGAGACCGCUGAAUGAUGGUGGCCACAACGACCUGUUAUAUUCGAUAGACUGUUAUCGCUGUAACCAUGGCAACACACGAGAUUAUGAUAAUUCAAGAAACGUAUCACGGUAUUGUAACCAAUCAUGUGAGAGUACAUUAAGAUAUACACCAUCAGCCAAUAAGAUACCUUUCACCCACGUGACCAUAUUUGGAUUGGCUCCAGGCUUCUCGUAUUUGUUUAGAGUCACGGCAGAAAAUGGCGUGAGUAGACUAGGAACCAAUGUUACUGAUAAUUACACAGAAGUUUCAACCUCGAUCCCUAAUCCAGUCGUCCCAAAAUUGAUCGUUUCAUUCGUUGGAUCAGAUGUCACUGUUCUCUCAUGGUCUUCCAAAGAAGAUAACCAAUCAACGUCCUUCUUUUACUAUUCGGUGUCAUGCGCAGCGUGUGACAAGGAACUUAGUGAUUGCAUUACUUCGUGUAACACAGCGUGUGGUAACGCAAUCCAGUAUCUACCAAGAAAAGAUCAAAUUGAAGGCAGUUUUGCAGUCGUUUCGCAGCUAAAGGAAGCCACAAAAUAUAAGUUUAAACUCAGCGUGACGGAGCGUGACAGUGACGGUUAUCGGAGUGACACAUCUGUGGUUUGUGUGACGACCAAAAAUUCAGGCAAUGCUGCUGAAGUUAAUGGUCAACGAGAUCAAGGUAAAGACAUUUCCUUGUAUUCCAAGAUCGCUCUUGGUGUGUCUGGUGGAUUUUUGCUACUUUCUAUUGUCUUGUUGAUGGUAACGGUGUGUUUACGUAACAAGUGGUACAGACAAGCUAAAUCAAUGCACAGUGGAUCCUCUGCGAGUGCGUUUUCAUACACGAACGAACUUAAACCAAUAGAAAACUUAGUAUUUAUGGAAGAAACGAACUUGGAAAAUGUCAGACAAAAUUGAGAAAUGCAAAGAGUUUAAAAAUUCAUACGUUACGCUUCGUUACGGUUCGACCAAUCAGAGCAGAACAGUCCUCCUAACACUAGCAUUAAGCUUAAUAUGUUCGCGUCAAUAUUUUCAAAUUUUCGAAGGUGCAAGUUACAUAUUACAACACAAUUGCUAGCCAAUCAAAUUUUAAUACGCUGCGCAUUUUAAUAUUUGUAUGGUAUCUUAAUUUUGGGCCAAUCAAAACUAUCACAGACGUCAGGAAUUUAACCAAUCAGAGGAAGAGGAACCCAUAUAUCCUUUUUGCCGUGAUUUUAACCAAUCACAGAACUCAUUUAUUCUAUUAAAGUUUUACACCAAUCCA